AAAUAUAACUGUUUUGAAAUUGCUAACAGCAACAUCAUUUGUGCUCAGCAAUUGUGUGUCAUGGUAUAACAGGUUAUAUCAUUGUGAUAUUUCAGGUACUUCAGCAAUGAUAUAGCAACGGAUUUAACUGGUACUUAACCCGAAGUCGAAAUUUGUUUUUGCAGCUCUGUUAAACACCAAAUCAUAUAUGAAACGAAUCAAAUUAUGAUUAUUCCAAUAUUGGGCACAACCCGUGGACAAUGUUGGUCGUUUUUGAUUUUCAUUCUUCAUUAUUCUCUUGCUCUGAGACGUUCAACCUCAGAGGAUAGUGCUGUACACCAAACUAAGGAAGAUUCAGUUCAAAAUAUUGAGAAAUUUAUCAAAAACAAGAUAGACCUUGAUCAGGAUGGUUUGGUAACACAGCAAGAAAUGGUCGAAAAGAUGGAAAAAACCUUUUUACGACAAAGACAGAACGAAGUGGGCGAAUUGAUACAUAAAUAUGAUAUAAAUAUGGACAAAAAGAUAUCGUGGAAAGAAUUUCUAUCCACGUCCUAUCCCGAUGAAGCUUUGCGGAAUCUUGAAGAUUUAGACUACGAUAAAAGGAAAUUCAACAUGGCAGAUACGGACGGAGAUGGUCUUCUCAACUCUAAAGAGUUUGCAAGUUUCUAUUUUCCUGGGGCAGGAAACGAAGACAUGGUUGAAAUGGUUGUGGAUGAAUGGUUAAAAAAAGUAGACCUUAAUAGCGAUGGUUUUGUCACAACAAAUGAAUUUCUAGCUUAUCAAUCUGCGGGGAAUCCUGAUAUUAACGACCAGAGAAAACUAAAGGAACAUUUUAAUAAUGAAUAUGACAUAAAUAAGGAUGGAAGACUUGAUAAAGAAGAAUUAAGAAAAUGGUUAGCACCGAAUCGAGCGAAUGCAAUGAGAGAGACACGUAGGAUUCUUAAAUUAGCUGAUAAUGAUGGUGAUGGCAAUUUGGAUAUGAAAGAAAUAAGCGACAGUGAUCAUUCAUUACAUUCUUGGCUGCAUGAUAUUUACAAAGAUGAGCUUUAGAGAAUGUUUUCACGUGUUCAUUUUUUUUCACU